UUUCCUGGUUCUUCUACUUUUUCGUAUGUUUUGUUUACUUCUUCCGUGACGGAAGAAUUAUCUUCCUUAGAUAGAAGAAGGUUGGUAUGAUACGAUUAAGUGGUGUACGUAACGUUUAGUUGGAAAUGGAAACCCUAAAGAUGUAAUAAUUUUUAGUCUCGGCGCUAAACAUUCAAAAUCCCAUGCGGAGUUUCCCCCCCAAACAGCUUUCUAUAAGUAAAAACUAAUUAAUAAACAUUUAACGCACAGAGUUUCGGGAAGCUGGUUGGUCCGUUCCGAUCACCACACUCUUCUUCUUUGCUACUCUCGAAGUCGCUUUUUUAUUUUUUUGUUGGUGAUACUAAUGGCGCGUGGUCGAAAGCGGAAGAGCACGGAGAAAGCGAGAGAAAGUAAUGGCGGUGCUGAGACGGAGGGGGAAGGAGUGGAGGCGGUGAAGAAGGGGAAGAGAGAGGAAGGGGUUUUGGAGAAGCUAAAUGGCGGGAAAGGAAUGGAAGUGAAUGUUGCUGAUGAGGGGGUGAAGAGGCCCGGUCGGAGGGGUCGGAAGAAGGGGAAAGUGGUGGGAAAGCGGGAUUCUGGGGCUGGGGAGAAGGGUGAAGGUGGUUAUUUGAAAGACAGGCUCAGAAAUGUGGCCAGGAAGGUGAACUAUGACGAAAGCUGGGGCGAGGGCGAAGAAGGUGAUGAGGAUGAAGAUCGGGUUGUGGUGAAGAAGCGUGGAAGGAAGAGGAUGAGAGUAGGGCAAAACCAGACUUCAUCUGCUAAGAAAGUUAAUGGAGGUAAGAAGCUUCUUGGAAGGCCAAGGAAGAAGACCAACAUUGCCAAUGCAAAGGAGAAGGUUCAAAACCAAGCCACGGUUACAACAAGUAAACGGGAUUCAAAGUGGAUUGAAGAGAAGUCCUUAAUGUGCCAUCAGUGUCAGAGGAAUGAUAAUGGCCGGGUUGUUCGGUGCAAGAAAUGUAAGAGGAAACGAUAUUGUAUCCCCUGCUUGACUAGAUGGUAUCCUGAUACAGUGGAGGAUUUUAUUGCCGAGUCUUGUCCAGUAUGCCGUGGAAUUUGCAAUUGCAAAGCCUGCUUGCGAUUGGAUGUACCUGUGAAAAAUUUGAAGAACUUAGAAUUAGAGGUCAGUAAAGAUGUGCAAAUUGAGUGUUAUAAGUUUGUGCUACAAACAUUGCUUCCAUUUUUGAGACGGAUUAAUGACGAACAAAUGAUCGAGAAGGAAAUGGAGGCUAAAAUACAAGGGUUAGUACUUCCAGAGUUAAAGAUAGAACAGGCAUAUUGCCCAAUUGAUGAGCGUACGUACUGCAACAACUGCAAAACUUCUAUUUUUGAUUUCCACAGAAGCUGUCCCAGAUGUUCUUUUGAUCUCUGCCUUAUCUGUUGUCAAGAGCUUCGUGACGGACACCUGCAGGGAGGCGAGGGGGAGGUGACUAUGCAGUAUAUUGACCGGGGAUUUGACUAUUUGCAUGGUGGAAAGGAGAAAAAAGUGAAAAUGUCUACUGAGCCUAGCCCUAAGGAUCACGUGAAGCCAAAAUCUUGGUGGAAAGCGGAAAAAGAUGGUAGCAUUCCUUGCCCUCCAGAAGACAUGGGUGGUUGUGGUCAUUGUAUUCUAGAAUUAAGAUGUAUUUUCGCAGAAAACCUGGUUUCAGAGUUGCUGAGAAAAGCAGAAGAAAUUGCCAGAACUUACAAACUCAUGGAUGUGGCUGCAAUUCCUUCACAGCAGCGCUUGUGUUUCAACUCGGUGGGUGAUGUUGACCUAAGCAAUGGUGAGUUAAGGAAAGCGGCUUCUCGAGAAGAUUCUGAUGACAACUACUUAUAUUGUCCGAGGGCACAAGAUAUAGACCAUGGGGAUUUGAAGCAUUUCCAGUGGCAUUGGAGCAGAGGUGAGCCUGUGAUUGUAAGCUGUGUGCUUGAAUCUGCAUCUGGUUUAAGCUGGGAACCACUGGUUAUGUGGCGUGCAGUCCGUCAGUUGAAACAUAUCAAGCAUGAUAGAGAUCUGGAAGUCACGGCCAUUGAUUGCUUAGAUUGGUGUGAGGGCCCUAUCAAUAUCCACCAGUUCUUUAUUGGGUAUAACAAAUUUCGACCCGAUCGUGAUAAGUGGCCCCAGAUACUGAAACUGAAAGAUUGGCCGCCAUCUAAUUUAUUUGAAGAACGUUUGCCACGUCAUUGUACUGAGUUUCUCUCUUGCUUGCCAUUUAAGGAAUAUACCCAUCCACAGAAGGGCCCUCUAAAUCUUGUUGUCAAAUUGCCUGAGAAAUCUCUAAAGCCAGAUUUGGGUCCCAAGACCUAUAUUGCUUACGGAUUUGCUCAGGAACUUGGCCGUGGAGACUCUGUCACUAAACUUCAUUGUGAUAUGUCUGAUGCGGUAAAUGUUUUGACACAUAUGGCCGAAGUUACGCUUGGAGAUGAAGAUCUUGCGAAUAUAGAGGAGUUGAAAAAGAAACACUUUGAGCAAGACCAAAUUGAACUCUUUGGAAAUAUUAAGGCUGUGGAUGGGAAAGUUGAGAAUAAUAUUUCUGAUGGUGUAUCUUGUAAAAGUGAUGAUGAUAAAUUUAGUGAAGUUGGUGAUCAAAACCAAGAUGUAACUGAAGAACUUGCUGCUCCUAUUUUUCAACUUGUUGGUAGUACUGGUGAUACUGGGAUGAAUGAUAAUGAUUCUUUGAGGGGAUCAGAGCUGGAAAAGACUGAGGCAGAAGUCGAUCAAAAUAACAAUGAUGGGAGUGGUGGUCCUGGAGUUUCUAGAAAUAAGUUGGAAGGCUUAGAAGCUUCUGAGGGUGGUGCCUUGUGGGACAUUUUUCGGAGACAAGAUGUUCCUAAGCUCCAGGAAUAUCUUAAAAAGCACUUCAAGGAAUUUAGGCACAUUCAUUGUUGUCCAUUGCAGCAGGUUGUUCAUCCUAUACAUGAUCAGACCUUUUAUCUCACUUUGGAUCAUAAAAGGAAGCUCAAGGAGGAAUAUGGAAUUGAACCAUGGACAUUCGUCCAAAAACUUGGAGAUGCUGUCUUUAUUCCUGCCGGUUGUCCUCAUCAAGUAAGAAACUUAAAGUCAUGCAUAAAGGUUGCACUAGACUUUGUCUCACCUGAAAAUAUUGGUGAGUGCAUCAGAUUGACAGAGGAAUUCCGUACACUUCCUCAGGAUCAUAGGGCUAAAGAGGACAAGUUGGAGGUGAAGAAAAUCAUCGUUCAUGCGAUUAGCGAGGUUGUGGACAAUUUGGAUCAGAAACCAAGGUCUGAAACAGCUACUGCUUAGAAGAUUCAAAGCAGGUUCAACUUCAUUGGUGGUGAUUUUUGCAACAGUGAUACUUGUAUAAUAUAAGAAGUAUCUUCUGUAUUUUGGGCAUACAGCAACUAGUUAUUGCUUACAAACAGAAAAGGUCAUGGUGAAUUUUGUUCAAGUAAUUCAUCAGUGGGAUUUCUGUCAGUGGUAUCGGCCUUUGGAUUUCAUUUUCUUUUGGUAAUUGUGCUAGUUGUAAUUUUUUUUUUUUUUUUGAAAGAAUCAAUUGUUGUGCACCUGAAUUUUCUCUUGAUGUGUUUAUAUAUGGUGCCAGCCGUUGAGCAAAAUAGUUGUAAAAUCAUUUUUACCGCCGCUGUUGUUUCAUACACUCAAUUCACUGAAACUUAUUCACAUCCAGACCAA